CAAUUUACAAAAAUAACCGUAAUAACAUAAUCGCGUUGAAGCCUUCCUGAAUGCAAGCUAUUGUUUCGCAUGCCCUUCAUUGUUUUAAGGAAUAUAGCGUUUCAACUCAUUGAGCUCGCCUUAAAAUAUGAAGAUAUGUAGUGUCUUUGUUUGCGCAUGAAGUCAAUGGCUUGACUAAAGAACUACAUUAAGUAUCGGUAACACGUGGAUAUUUUAUUGCAAAAAUACUGAUCGAUGAAAAUAGAUUUUCGAUUGACAAUUUUUUAACUUAAGAAAAUAAUGGCAUACCAAUAAGCCACCGGAUAUUUGCUUUAACGGAAUAUCAAUCGUGUUUGGAUUCUGUUUAUUUGGAUUUUAUAAUUCAAUUAGUGACUCUGCCCUGGGAAAUAAAGAGAGAGAGAGAGAUAACGCGCCUUGGAUUUAACGCUGCUUGUGCCCACAACGCGAACGGAUGUGCUUUUUUGGAGUUCUUCCCGGAUAUAACUAGAAACCGAGUGGGAUCAUGGGAAGCGGUAAUUCCAAGCCCCCGACCGCGGAAAAUCCCGUAGCUUGGGAGCUUCUGACGUAUUCGCCGCCCUACGGCAAGGAUUUCGAGUUUUCCCAUACACAUUAUCUCUACUCUAAUGACGUCGGCCGCCUCGAGGACUUCCCUCCACCUCACACCGCCCCCACGAGAAAACACGAGAUCUUCGAUCCGGAACAAUACAAACAAGUGGACGAACACACGGACACAAUUACGGACCACUUUUUAACCCGUCCUCUCACGGAACUCGUGCGCGCACUCUGCGGUGACUAUGACGACGACAUCUCGAAAUCUCGUGCACUCUACCGGUGGUUCACGUCACAGCCGGUGGAGACGACGGACUACAAGAAGACCGGCAAGGCGGACACGGCCAUGUACCAGUUGUGGCACCUGAAGAACAAGCGGAACACCUAUGCGGGGUUCUUCAGUCUGCUGUGUUGGUACGCGAAUCUGCCGUGCGCCAUCAUCCGCGGGUACCUGAAGGGUUCCACGUACGAGGUGGGACAGAAGAUCAACAAAGAGUCGCACCGAGGGGAGUGGAACGCCGUACUGGUGGACGGCAACUGGCGCUUCAUCAAUGCCUUCUGGGGCGCAUGCGUGCUGUCCGGGGACGAAGAGGAGGAGUCGAAAAACUAUUUCUACACGUGCGACGAAAACUUUUUUCUGACUGACCCCCAGCAGCUCAUAUACACGCACUUACCGGAAGAGGAUGCCUGGCAGCUGCUCGACAAGAAAAAGUCGGUCGAGGAGUUCGAGACCAUGGUGUUCCUCAAGGACCGAUUUUUCAACCUUGAGAUGCGAGUCCUUUCACAUAAUCUUUGCAACACGGAGGCGAGAGACGGAGAAAUAGAAAUCCUGUUCGGUCUUCAUCCAGAAAAAUCAGUAAACCACAGAUUCCUCUGCAUUCCCACGUACUUCAUCGACAAAGACAAAUCGAAGCAGACGAGAACGAGGCCAGUAGAACUGCCGCAGAAGAACGUCCAGCUCGACUUUAUCCACCGACCAAACGAGAACGUACUCUCCAUAAAGGUCCGCUUUCCAAAAGUGGGCACCUACAAAUUGGAAAUCGUAGGCAAAGACAUCACAGUGAACACACCGGAUUACGAUUUUGACUGGGUGGCAAUUUACAAAGUGGACGUAAACAGUAUUCCGGAAAGGCAGGUGUUCUUCCCGGUUGUAGAGGAUGCUGGCUGGGGCCCGAACCCGAUACUCUCGGAAUACGGUAUCGAGUGCCUGUCACAUUCGUCCGGCGUGAUAAAGAUGGAGCCCGGUCGGCUAGAACUCAAGUUCAAGGUCACGGAUCCCGCAAAGUUCCAGCAGGCGAACUUCCACUAUCAGCUGACGGUCAUUGGGGCCGAGGACGAAAAUAUGGUGGAGAAGCAUCCGUUCCAGUUGACUGGAGACAUCUUAGAGGCCGCCUUCAACGUACCGGAAGGAGAGUUUAAGAUGAAGAUAGCCCAUAAACUGGGAGAGGGCCAAGAGAGGAACGUAUGCAACUACCACAUAAUUAGCACAUUACCUAAGAAGCAAGUUGUCGGUGGCGUCGGUGGUAUUGGCGGCGCUGGUGGUAUUGGCGGCGUCGGUGGCGUUGACGGCGCUGGCCAGGCUGAGCCCCCCACACCGGAAAGGGACGAACUUGGGGAGCUAAGGGACAAGCUUCAUCAGGCAAUCGAGUCUCAGAACCUGGAGGAGCUAGAGAGGGCGGUGGACCUGGUGGAGAGCAAGGGAUACGGGGGCAAGCUGCCCGGGGAGCUCAGGGAGGCAAAGGACCUCAUUGCCCGCCUCAAACGGCUACAGAAACUCAUACACGAGGUCAUGACCCUAAACCAGCGGACCAUAUCGGAGAUCCGGUCAUACGCGCAUCCCAUAGCGGAGAUCCACAUCGUAAUGAGGGCAACCUUGCUGUUGCUAGGCGACCCUGAGGAAUCGACAAAGGACUGGAAGAACGUCCAGGCCGUGAUAGGCAAGACGGGCAAGAUGUCCUUGAAGAGACGUAUCCAGGAGCUCGACGUCAACAAACUCACCGCUGAUAUGGUCAUGCGCACUAAGGCGCUGCUGAGGGACAUCCGGCUGGAAGACAUCGUCAUCAUCAGCGCGGGAGCCGCUACGUUCUUUAACUGGUCAAGUGGCAUAGCCGAAGAAUUUGAGCAACGCGCGAAAGAGUAGGUACGUCAAAGACAAUCGCAGAAAACAACAGAAAAGACGCUUGCAAAAGAAAAUAUGGAGUGUCAAUGUUUUGUAUUGGACAUGGGCAUAUUCCGAUUUCAGAUGUGAAUCUGUCGGUUCUUACUUUAAGUUUAUUUUACGAACAAUUGUACGAAUUUUCGUUGAUUUUGAGUAGUAAUGUUACUUUAAACAAACACUGUCAAAUGAUCAUUUUAAACGAAAGAAACCGGAAUUUUCUGCAUCAAACAAAUAUGAGCUUUGUAUGCCUAAAUAAAAAUGGUGCAAAAUGCAUGUUGGUUUAGUGUCGUCCCAGAUUAGCCUGUACACUCCGCACAUGCUAAUCAGGGACGACACUUUCCGCUGUUAUGGUAUAUUUGUUUCAAGAAAGUCUCUUCUUAGCAAAAAUCAAGUUUAGGCGGAAAGUGUCGACCCUGAUAAGCUUGUUCGAACUUCUCAAGCUAAUCUGGGACGACACUCUACGCACAUGCAAUUAACUCCCUUUUUCUAGAGCGUGGCUUAAAUCGAAAUUGUUCCGUCCAUUUUGUUCUGUUAAGUAUUAAAUAUACUAAAUAUGAUUAUCACAUACUGACAGUGUCUUUCGUUGAUCAUACAUUUAUUGUGAUGCAUGUAUUAUAUAUCACCAUUAAGUCAUAUGAACAUUGACAUGUACUAUUGAGCAAUCUUUGAUCAUUAAAGGUACAGGUAUUACUUUUCAGCUGUUACUGAAAAGAGCAGGUGUUGAAAGCAAGUCUGUUUAUGCUGCAAUAUUUACAAUUAUAAUAUUUAUAAAAUGUAUACUAAUACACGCGUUUAAGCAAAGUGUAUGCCUUAAGCGUUUAAUAAUUGUUAAAAUCCAAACACAGAAGUGAGGAAAAAAUGAGGUAUGCAGUAUAACCUUGCUGUUGAGUUGAUGAAAUUCCCUGCAUAUAAUAAAUCGAACUGUAUAAUUUAUACCGUGUUUAUUGGUUGGGUACACAGCAUAUCAUUAUAUUUACGAUAAUUAUAAAUUGAAUGCGUCUUUUGCUUUUAAAUAAUUAAAACCAUACUUGCAAGUAUGUAAAAGUGAAACUUCUGUGACAUCUGGACCACCAAGGCUCAUGGCUUAUCUAAUAAUUAUAAUUAUUAUGAAUCCACUCUGCAAUCUGCGAUUAGUUUUAAAUGCUUUUUCCGAUACAAUAGCGUUAAGUAUGAAUGUUUAUUGUAUAUUUAUUGUUAUUUCGUGUAUACCAUCGGGACGUAAACCAUCCACUGUUAUUACUUUCAUAACAUAUUUUUAAUUGUUUUUUAAUGUAACAUUAUUAUAGCAUUAAACACGAAAAACAUUCGUAAAAAGUAUUUUACGUGUAUAUAGAAUUAUGUAAGUUUAAUAACAUUUAAGGAAGCGUUUUCAAUUAUAUUUAUAACUAAUGAUACGUAAUGAUAAGCAAUAGUAAUAUGAAUUAAAAACAAUCAAUCGAUGUCAUCAUGAAAUGUGUUGUUUAUAUCUUUAAAAUGCUGGUUGUAGUCUUAACCUUUCGCGCUAAGUACAUGUCAUUAACGUCCAUAUGUUCGUAAGUACUAUGCCUAUAUUUUUAUGCUUUUCUAUGUUUUUGUCAGUCACGUCAUCUGUCUCUCAUGCUCAGCGAUAUAGCAACGAGCUUAUUCCUCCGAUCAAUAAGUCAAUGUUCAAGUGAUAUCGAUUUUAAAAUGUUUAUAUCGAUUUAUGAUUGUGUUUAUUGUUUUGUUAUGGUAACACAUAAACAAUAUCACUGUGAAAAGGUAUUUAUUCCAACGGAAGAAGGGAAUAACAUGUGAUAAACUGCGAACAUUCAUUGCGUGUAUAGUUAUAAAUCGCAGUGAUUUUGAUUUGUUCGUUAACGUUUUAUGACCCGUAUCAAUUAAAUAAUGUGUAAUUGUGUUUUUACUUGUCCGUACGUCCGUACUUGCCAGCACCCGUCAAAAAUAGCGUAUGCAUUCGUAUUAUAUGGGCACAUUGAUUGUUGUACAAUCUUUUAUUUAUAUUUUCUGUGGUAUUUGUAUACACACUAAAGCUUAAAUGUAUACUGUUCAUGUCCUAUUUUUGAAUACAUUAUUGUAUAUCUUUUAA